AUGGGGAAACUCGUCGGCGAAGGGCUACAGAUUAGUUUUAAUGGUAAGCUCCUCUCGGAGCUGGCCACCAAGACAUCGCGACGUAUGCACUGGCUUCCGCAAGAUCGUGUGGUGAUGGAGCAAUGGCUUCGCGCCAAUCAUACAACGGCGUUUCUCGACAAUACUAGCGACGCAUGUCUCGAGCAGCUUGCGUUCACAAUUGGCCUUGACUUUCGAAGACUGAAUGGGGACCAGAAGAAGGUUGUCAAGGCGAAAAUGCGUAAUUCGCUGAAGUAUACUUUAAACAAGCUCAAGGUAUCAGGAGAGGUCAGUGAGAGAUGGGACCCUCAAGUGAAGCAGGUUGUCCUUGAUUGGACUCAGAGUUCGGGCCAGAUUCUACGUGGAAUACACGGUAGCAUCAACAAUUCUCCUUGCUCGGCAACUCCAACCCAUCAACUUGCACCUCGGGUAUGGUCUACCGACGAUCAUCAAGGCCGAACUCCUGGGACUGGCACUACACUCUCAUCAAAACAGGUGUCUCAGACGCACCCUACAAUCCCACCCUAUUCAGCGCAGACAAAUCCCGUCGAGGACGACGAACUGGAGCUUGAAGCAGAGGAGUUCUACCGCCAGGAGGAUCACGUUGAUCAGCCAUCCCCUUAUUCCGCCCAGGCCAACUUUGUCGAAGUCGAUCUAGAACGAGCAAAAGAAGACUUCUACCGCGCAAAAGCUCAUCUUGACCGGUUCGCGAAUCUCAUAAACUCAACGUACAAGACCAAAGACCAGCACGCUAUCGCUCGAUAUCCAUCUGUGGUACCGGAUACUCGAAAGCACAGCGCUCGAGAGGUGGAGAUCUCGAUGGGUCGCGAACAGGCUGCGAGAAAGGAGUCACAAACAAAGGGUCACGAACUGGCUAAUGGGAGGAAUCACAUCAACUUAGAGACACAAAAGACUUCCUCCUGGUCUUUAAUGCCCGAGAUGGCUGAGCGUAAGAGUCCAGCCCUACACGAGUCUGAGUCAACGAGGGCCUAUCGGAAAUUCGUCGAGGAGCUCCGAGGACGUUCACACAUGUCCAAGACCAUGCCCAAGAUAACUGAACCCGCAGUAACAUCAGUGGAAGAAGCUCCCUGCACAAGGUGUGAUGAGCACUUCCAGAAAAGGCUGCUCAAAACAUCCAUCCCAGAUACCGUCCCUGGUCGGCGACAAUCCGUUCAAGAUCACAGAGCCCUCCGGGAGCGAUCUCGCUCGGAUAACAAAGUUCUCCAGCGGAUAUCUCCUUCAAAUCAGAAACCCAUUCAGUGGCAGCCUCGGAAGUUUCCCUACAAGGAGCUAACCCCAGUAUCUCUCCAUCCUGAUCUAGUCAAUGGAGUCAAGUGGCCGAAGGCAAUGUGGUUUUGUUUAGGGCUACUUCUUGCACUGGUGCUUAGUUGCUAUUUAUUUGGUGUUUGA